AUGGUGAACAAGGUCCUCUUCUGGUCCGGCUUCGGCAUGGUCGUCCGCUUCUGGCAGCUCGGCAUCGAAAUGCGCCCAUUCGCGCAACAAUGGUGGGCCUACGGCAUCUACGGCGGCCUCGGUGCGGGCUUCGGCUACUGGCUCCAGGGCGUUGAGCACAAUCAGAUGCGCUACCUGCGAGAUACAAGGGACAGGUUACUGGAGAAGAGGAGAAGGAGGGCGGAGAGGGAGGGUGAGGGUGCUUUGACGGCGGGGACUGGGUUCCAGAAGGGCACCGAGGGCUUGAUGGCUAGCCCGACCUUCCGGGUCAACACGGGUAUUGAGGUGCAGGGAGAACGGAUGACUGAGAGAACGAGGGCAGCGGGAGAGUCAUAA